AUGAACAACAGUGUGUCUCUGUUACCGUAUUACACGUCCCAGAGCAGCUCCGGUGUGAGCAUGUUCAAUACCACCAUGGGGAAACUACAGCGACAGCUGUACAAGGGAGAAUAUGACAUCUUCAAGUACGCACCUAUAUUUGAGAGCGACUUUAUCCAGAUCACCAGAAAGGGAGAAGUGAUGGAUGUGCACAACCGCGCCGGCGCGGUGACCGUGGGCAUCGCGUCCACCAGCCCCAUCCUCCCACUACCAGAUGUCAUGCUGCUGGCCCGACCGGCUGCCGGCGGUGAAAAGCGUGCUGGGCGUGGCCAGGUCACCAAGAGGAAACGCCGCAAGGCUGCGAAGACCUUAGAACUCACCAGGCUCCUUCCCUUGAAGUUCGUGCGGAUCUCCAUUCACGACCAUGAGAAGCAACAGCUGCGUCUGAGGUUUGCCACUGGCCGUUCCUGCUACCUGCAGCUGUGUCCCCCUCUGGAUGAGCAGGAAGACCUCUUUGCCUAUUGGGAAAAUGUCAUUUACCUUCUGCGACCACCCCUGGAAGUUAACAGCGGUACCUACGCCACUCCUGCCGAGGACAUGACAAGCAUGCCUGUGUUUGAGGAAGAGGACGGGAGUUGUCCAUCAGCAGCCGAUUUCCAGGGGGAAGAGGGUCAGGACCAGGUGAGCAUCAGAAGCCUCUACGUGAUCUCUGAGGUGGCUGGGGCCACCUCUGCAGCUUUUGCUGGUGGGGAGAGGACCCUAUACGACUCCCCCAAACCCACUGCCAUACCCGAUGCAGCCACCCCACACACAAAACCUACAGAGCUUGACAAAGUGUCAGCAGCAGGGGUGGCAGCAGGCGCUUUGAGUGUGGCAACAGCCGAGUGUGCUGCCCCUGAACAGCUAAGCGUGGCCAUAGCAGGGGCAGCUACCAAGGGUCCACGAGGAAGUAAAACCAGCAUAGCCAUUGCGGGCGCUGCCAACAUGUCCUUGAAGAGCACUAAAAUGGCCUUGGCAGGUGCUGCAAACAAGUCCUCAGGGUGUCCUUCCAGCACUAGCCUCUCUCCAGAGGCCAGCAUGGUCGCUGCAACUGCAAAAGCAGAACCUACCAGCAAGACUGUGGGAGAAAUAGCUGAUGGUGCAGCCGCAGGACCUCACAUCUCCACCUUGCCCAGGGAAGGCCGUGUUAGUGAACAGGCUAGAAGGCGGCAGCGAGUGUCCCCAGCCAGGGCAGAAGCUCGCAAGAGCAGAAGGGACAUGAGGGAGCGGAGGGAAAAGGAGAGAACUCUCAGGAGUUCCCAUCAGCGCAGGACAACUGGAAGCCAACACAAGGCAGAGGGGGACAAGAUAGUCCCAAACCCACCUGGCCGGUCCUUAGCCAGACAGGGAGAUGACAAAAUGGAGAAAGGCCACAGCAGCCCAGGGGGCGGCAGGCGUGUCACCACGCACAAAGGCAUCAGCCAUGCCCCCAUCACCAAGGAGUCCAGGGCCUCUCACAAAUUGGGGAGGAGCUCUACAACAAGUUCAUGUUCCACACCCAAGAAGCUCAACAGGAUCAGCUCUUUCUUGAGGAACAUCAAAGCCAAUCUUACUACUACAAAACCAGUGGCCCCACCACACAAUAAGGAUGUGGACAUCUUGACUGAGACAAUGGAGAAAACCAGCACGGAGGCCAUCGUAGAGAUAGCACCGAGUGGCCAGGGGCUACAGAUGGUUGAUAGUGUGACAUCUGAGACCAUGGAGACCGUGACCUUUGAAGCCUAG